AAAAAAAAAAAAUUGACUUUCAUAAGUCCCUUAAUAUCAUUAUAUCCUCCUUGACAGUCAACUAUUUCGCAACUAGUUUCCUAAUGUUACAUUUUCGUAAUCUGCACUAGCCGUUCUCUUUCGUAAGCAAUGUAUUUCAAUUUGUCUCGUUUGACCCUCAUUUAUACCUUGAUAUUUCUUUAUCUAACCCAAGAAAUUAGAGCAAAUAUUCUAUGCGGACUUUUCAAUACAUGCCCGACUUCUUCAGAGCCCAACACGCCGCCGCCACCACCACCACCACCACCACCACCACCACCACCUUCAAUGAUGACAACAAUCACGACACCACCUAUGCCACAGCCAACUCAGUCCAACCUAUCGAUUGUUUCCUCUACCACAUCUGUUACAGAGGGUAUUCAGCCAACUUCUUCCUCAGCUAAACCUACUACGACUUUAUCCGCAACACAGCAUUCCGUUAAGUCUACUCCUUCAUCUUCUACUGUGAACUCCUCCCAGACGUAUACUUCACUGAAUACUACUUCAACAACAAGCAAUAAUCCUACAUCUACACUAUUGACAGCAACCGCAUCAUCUUCCCCUGAUACAAAGUCAUCCUCCAGUGGAAGCAAUGUUGGCGCUAUUGUAGGAUCAGUAUGUGGACUUGUAGCCAUCAUUGGAGCAGGAUUCGCAUUUGCCUUCUUCUCAAAAACCAGGAGAAACAAUCGCCGAAACAACAAGCGACUUUAUAGUCAAAAUGGAGAUAUGUAUGAACAUGAUGCGUUCCAUGCUGAUCCAUUCAACAACGCCCGGCGCUCUCCUGUUCUAGGUACAUCAACUGCUGCCGCUACAGAUGAUAUUCAAAACCGUAACAAUAGCGUUGGUGCCCAACAAUGGGAUAUGAUGAGCCAGCAACCCUAUACAGGGUACAAUAAUACGGCCAUGAUGUCUCCUCAACAUCCUAUGGCAGCACUUUCAAAACAAAAUGAAGCUUACUACAACUCCCCACAAUUGCCUUAUGCAAUGGAUCCCAACACAGCUUUCUACAACAACCAACAAACGUACUACGAUCCUAAUGGUGGCUAUCAGCAUUAUGACACGCAGUAUACGACUCAAUACUCAGAGUCCCAGUACGACCCUUACGUACUUCAACAACAGCAUUUGCAGCCGCCCAUGGCAACUUUACCCUCUGUGAGCCAGCCUACGAAUUCAUCUGUAUACCAAAUUCCAAAUACUUAUGAUGAAGACGAAAAGCCUGUGCAAUCAACUCUUACCAGCACACCUGUGACCACCACUACCAACAACGCCGUCAACUCUACUGUUACUUCCACAAUGUUCACGACGAAUCAACCACCACUUAAAGAGAUGUCGUAUAGAUAGAGAAAAUUUUGUUCUGUUUAGUAUUCUUUAAAUAUAUCUCCCCUUUAACUAAGUAAUACGUAUUCUUAUAA